AUUCAGUCCAGAGACAGCGCUUGGUUCGUCUCGUUUGUGGAACAGAAUUCUUCAUUCCAGAAUCCGCUCAGCCGCAUUGUGAAAUUUUUCGUGAAUGCGGUGACAGAGCCCGAGAAGAGAGCUGACGAUGAGCACAUCGUCUGCGAUCGUCAACGCGGACAAAUCGCCGGAGCCUGUCGGCGAAACACUCGAAGACGGUUCGCACACUGACGAGUGCACAAGUGACUUGGCUGUCAAGGUCGGGAGUACCUAUGACGAGGACGAUGAUCCUAAAAACUGCCGGUACACAACCACGAAGAGUAAUCUCUGGGACAGACUGUUCUUUGGAUUUCUCACUCGAGUCGUCCUCCGGGGCGCGAGGCAUCAGCUCGAAGCGAAAGAUCUCCUUCCUUUGCACACGUUGUUCACAGCCAAAGAGACGGCUGCUAGAAUCCUGCGUCUAUGGAACAAGAGACAUGCGAGAAAAAGACCACAAAACGCCGAUGAGUGCGUAUCUGUCCUUUCAAGCUUAUAG